GAUGAUCCCGCCGUUCGUUGCUGUGAACCUCUUUCAGUGCAGCUGCCGCCGUUCAAUCCGCCACUGCCGUUCAACACUGCCACCACUUUCAAAAGCUUCGAUUGUCUCCUCCUUCACAUAACUCUGCCUAGCUCCCCUGCAAGAGAUUUUAAUUUCUCAUCUGCAGAAAAAACACCUUCCAUAGUUGUGGUUGUAGUUCAAUCUUCCAUUUCCAGGCAUCAAUUCUGAGUCAGCUUUGAAGGCGAGUUCCUCUCCAACUUUCUCUCUAGAAUCUAUGCUUUUUGGCCAUGAUUCCUCAUGUAAAAACCAUUCUAGGUUCUCAAAUCUGAUUUUGCGCAAUUCCAAGCUUGCUUAGCUGGAAAAAGUAGCAGUGCCCUUGCAAAAACUGAAAAACUAAGUGAAAAAGCAGGCAACUCAGGGAGCUGAAAGUGAAGGGAUCAUCAAUCCAGUUCCCUUUAAAAUCAAGUAUAUUUGAAAAAGAUAAUUCUUGGAAAUCAAAUCCCCAAGUUACUGAAAGUGAGAAGAUAGCAUUGGGGACCCAUAACAGUUGAGAACAAGUGAGUUUUCGGUGCACCCAGAUAGUAAGAAUCACGGGGUUCUGAUAGAAUUGUGGUUCUCAAUGACUAUAAGUCAGACCAGAAAUGUUGGUCUUCCAUUGAUGAAACUUGUGAGAUGGAAAGGAGUACCCAUAUUGCAGCAACUGCAUUUGGAAGAGCAGCUGCUUCGAACCUCAUCCGAGAAUUGGUGCAUCAUAAAUGAUGGGACAAAUGAUCCUACUAUUGUCAUGGGCAUCUCAGGGAAACCUGCCCAACUUCUUAAACUGGACUCGGUGUUAAAUGAUCGGAUUCCUGUCAUCAGAAGGUAUACUGGGGGAGGUACUGUUGUCGUUGAUUGUGGAACAGUUUUUGUCACUUUUAUAUGCAAUAAGGAUGCUGUUCCUGGCUUACAACCAUAUCCUCAACCAAUCAUGUCUUGGAGCAGCCUACUGUAUGCUCUAGUGUUUAGAGGAUUUGGUGAUUUCAGUCUUCGUGAGAAUGAUUAUGUAUUUGGUAACCAUAAAUUUGGUGGGAAUGCACAAUCCAUCACAAAAAACCGGUGGAUCCACCACACAUCUUUUUUGUGGGACUACGAGGCCAGGAACAUGGCUUACCUGAAACUUCCAGCAAGGGCUCCUGAAUAUCGAGUGGCAAGGGACCAUUUGGAAUUCAUUUGCCGCAUGAAGGACUAUAUGCCCAGGUCGGUUUUUGUUGAUAGAACCAUUAAGGCGGUUGAAACCCAUUUUUCAGUGAGACCCGUAGAAUUGGAGGCAAUGGAGACUAACUUGAAUUCAAAAUUUCCUCACUCCACCAAGCUACUGACGGAGCAGGAAUUGGAGGCAGCCGCAUUUGAAUCUCAUUUCGAGAAAGCUCUCUCCCAUUCACUAUAACAAGUGAUUUUUUAUUUUUUUGGCAAUCAUAAUUAUUCAAUUCCUGGCAUGAGAUGUUAUUCAAUGCUCUGGAUUAUUUCCCAUUUUACAUGGAAGGUCUCUACCCCAGGGAUGUUUAUUUGAACUUUACAAACUUAGAAGAUGUAAAAUUGGAACACUCUCAACUCAUGGGGAGAUUUCCUGAUAAGUUCACAAUAAUGAAUUCUUCCGAAUAAAGUCUUCGAUGGUUUCCAUUU